UUGGCUUGUUGUUAUAAAUAGUCAGCCUACCUGAUUGCUAUACUCCCUCCACCUACAGAGUUAUACAUUUAAUUUGUUCCGCAGAACUAAACUAGAAGCUACUUAUCGAUCAAUCCAUCUCGUGAACAUGGAGCAAAUGGACUUGGAUUUCUUGGUCGGUUCCCCUGAGACCCAGAUGGAGCUGAUGAACAUGAUGCUGCAGUUGCAGCAGCUCGCUGAAUUGUCGGACGAACCGCUUCUCCAGCCGAAGGCUCAAUAUCUCGCCGGAGCUCCGCCGCCGCCGCAGCAGGCGGCGCAGCUGGUGGCGGCUGAUUCAUCUCCCCUCGCUACGCCUGCCUCCUCGCCCAUGUUUCCGGCCGCGAGUAUGGCGGCGCCGGCGACGGGCUACGGGGAAGAAUCGGCGGUGAGGGAGAUGAUAUUCCGGAUGGCGGCGAUGCAGCCGGUGCAGGUACUGGACCCCGAGACGCCGCGGCCGGCGAAGCGGCGGAACGUGAGGGUGUCGACGGAGCCGCAGAGCGUGGCGGCGCGGCUUCGGCGGGAGCGGAUCAGCGAGCGGAUGCGGAUCCUGCAGCACAUGGUCCCCGGCGGCACGAAGAUGGACACCGCCUCCAUGCUCGACGAGGCCAUCCAAUACGUUAAGUUCCUGAAGACUCAGGUCCAGUCACUGGAGCGCGCCGCCGUCAGCCAGCGUAUGCUCCCGGCCGUCGCGUACGGACCUCCGUUCGACGGAAUCUGCUACCCUGCCGCCAUCCCGGCCAUGUACCAGAUCCAAAAACAGGGGUUCACGAAUCAUUGAGUACUAAUCCCUAGCUCCCACCACUCCUGCCAUACGUGCACGUACAGCACAUAUAUGAUUCCAUUGUAUUCCUAGCUAGCUAGUCAUCGUGAGUUCUGCGAAGUGGUGUACUUUUUCUUGACGAAGAGUUCCUCCGGGGACACUUCCACCCUUCCUCCUCAGUACUGUGUUUGUUUCUUCGUUCCUCACUCUCAUCAUGUUCUCCUCUUGUUUGUGAAUAAAUCCAUCGACUGUUAGUUUGAUCAUA